AUGGAAUCGUUUGGAAUUCAUCAAAAUUGUCAACUGUUGGUGGCGUUGGCCCAGCGCGUUGGUGCGCUCGUGAUUUCGCUGCUUAGCUACGCGCGUCACGAAUGCCACCCGUUCUUGGAGCCUUUUCGCAAGGCGCUACUUCCCAUGCACCGAGCGGUGGCAGAUUUUCUCGGGGAGCCCUUCGCGGAGACGAGUUUUCUGCUCCGCAACCCACUGCCAUCGUUUCGCGUUCCCUCGUCGAUGCCUCACCAGUUCCAGCCACGAGAAUCGCGCCAUCUGGUGGACCAUUUUCCGAUCGGCAUGAGUGUCACCCCACCCGAGGACAUCACACCUCCCGGGACGCCACCCCGUUUCGAGCCGCUCGGGUAUACCUCGACGCCCUUUCCGACGCCGGUGGUUCGACCGCGACCGGAACCCUUCGCGCUUCUCAUGCAAGUGCUGACGGUAAUGCGGAAGUCAGACGUGGACGGGAUUGCAUCCGUCACUGGACGGUUUUCCAGUGAUCCGGUGUUUCGCGAACGGAUUCUCGGGGAGCUCAGCGAACUGAGGUCGAUUUUUGACUCCCAGGCGGAUUACUCGGCUGGUGGGACCAUCGGUGCACUGAUGGAUCGCGUUGCUCAAGCCGAAAUCACGCUGUCGUCGCUCAUCAAUAAUCUACAGCAUCUACCGCACCAUUAA